AUGGAGCCGCGACCCCGCGCCCAGAGUAUUCAGCCCGGCUUCAGCGUGAACGCGGGCCGCGAGGCCUUCAAGAGGGUGGCCUCGAUUUCCGCCGACAAUAGUUCAGGUGAGUGCUUUGCAAAUUGUUUAUGGAGCGGGGAGACAAAUUUUGUUGAUGAUUGUUGAUGGUAAAACGGAAGACUUUGAAGAUUUAAGAGAUUUCAAAAGCUUUACGAAGGCUUUAGCGGGCUGCUUGGACGGUUCGUGGCGAAAAACAGCUCUGAAAUUGUACGGAAGCCAGAAUGGCAGGGUAUUUUUUCGAUGUAAGCGAUUUUUGCAUAUAAAAUUACUUUAACAACCUUUUUUUUGAUUUUGAAUUUUCUCCGCAAGAAACAAAUUGAUUUUUUUGAAAUUCCAGCAAAAACUUUAUUGCAGGCCGUGUUUCAACUGCAGUAAAUUUAGGCGUUACAUUAACAUGAAUAGCUGGGAUAUUAAGCAAUCUUUUUUUGACACUUAGACCUAUCGUUAGAAGGUUUCCGCAUGAAAAUCGUCUUGACUUUUACACGGGAAGAGUGAAAAGUCUAAGAGGUGCUUUACUAGGGCCUAGUCGUAUUCAAUGGGUAGCCUCACAAAAAUUUAACAGUCAGGCUUUGAGAUCUUUCCCUUUCUUACUAAUAACCUCCUUAUUUAUCUCAAAAGUGCAAACAAUCAACUUUUUCCCACAAAAAAUAAUUUUUCAACAGAAAUUCCACUUUUACACGCCUCGUUCUCCCCGCGCUGUCGCGAGAACGUCAUAAACACCAGUGUUUCCGGUGGCAUAUCCCUUAAAUUUACUUCAAUUCUUUGGCUUCGCCUCGGCUUUCCCAGACUGGCUCAAAGUUUUCCCAUAACCGAAAAGCCCCUCAAAUUGGCUGUGCUGGGAGAACUUAUAAAUUAGGAGGGGAAACGGCAAGAAACUCUCGCCUACAAAGCCGACUCCGACGCCGGGCCGGAGUGGCCGCUGUGGAGACGGAUAAAAGGAGGGUAAAUUCCAAAUUCUCGGCUUUUUCACUUUUUUCCGGCGCCCGCGAAAUUGGAAACGCUUCUGUGGGAGGAGGAGAGGAGAAAUUUAGGGAUUUAUUAUGAUUAAAGCGAUGUGCUGUCGUUAUUUUUGACGUAUGCAAAAAAUUAUGAGGGUUGGCGGAAUCUUGCGCAAGUAAGGUUAUUUUUAGCAAAUUUGCUGCUCUCUAGGCUUGAAUAUAAGAAUGGAAAAACGAAAACUGGUUUUUAAGGGCUGAAGUUAGCAAGAAAAUAACAGCUUUUUAUAAAUUUUUUCACGGUAAGAAAAAGAGCGUUGAAUAAAUCACCUGUCCCUGCAAAACGUGAGCUUAAAUUUUUAUGCAUUUCUAGGUCAAAAGUCAUCAAAGAUCCAAUUUUUUGUGAUUAUUUGGAUAAAAUGCAUAUAUCAUUUUUGGGCCAGAGCACAACAUUGCUACAAAAAAUCAACUCUUUCUGCCUAAAAUUCACACAAGUCAAAAAUACAUAUUUUUUCUCUGACUACCUCUCCUCACUUUUACUAUUAUUUCUUUAUGGCAUACAUUUUUUCUGCCGAUGUUUAAUCACUUCAUAUAUGACAAUAUUGAAAUUUAUUGGCAUCAUGAAAUGUCAUCGCUCUGAAAAAUAAUUAGACUCCAAAAAACCGUUUUAAUUAUUCGCCCGAACUCCCCACAUUCUCUGCAAUUUCAAAGGCACAAGAGUGUUGUUCGCCAAAAGUCUAACGUAAUCUUCAUAACAAAGGCCUCCAAUUAUUAGCCUUUGGCCACAUGGGAUUUCAAGAGAUUCUUUUUGGUUUUCAAGUUGGCCCCCUUUUUAGGAAACGUCCUUUUUUGCGUUUCGGUUUUUGUUUUCGGUGGUUCGGAUUGCUUUACGUUGCAGGCAAAUAUUCGUUUUGACUACGGGCUUAGGAUUUGCCAGGACUGAACAAGAUGGCGUCUAUAGGGCAAAGAGCAAAGAUUUUCUUGCAAGUUUCAUUAAGGUUGUGCUUCAAGCUCAGAUUUUGAUGAACGUAGGGAUAAAUUUCGAUUAUUUUUUUCUAAAAGGAAAGAUGUGAGUCGUUAUAUGUAAUAGUUUCCUUAAAUUUUGUGAACACGUGGGGCCUAGGCCACAAAUUAAUUCUAAGAAAGUUUUAGCUCAGGCUUUACAGACGCAAAUUUUCAGCGAGCCUUGCGGCCAAGAGUCUACGCAAAACGCGGAUAGGUCCGAGAGAAAAACACCUUUUAAGCUAUAUCUUUGCCAGUUUUGCAUUGAAAAAAUUGAUUUUUGUGAGAACAUUACUCCUUACAAUAGAGAUAGGUACCAAACUUUCCAUGCCCAAGUUGGCCAAAAAUUGCCACAUUUUUUUCAAUUUUUAACCUAAAAAUCACGAUUGUUUUAGCAAAUGCAUUUUGUGUGCUAAAAAAUUGAUCAAAAUUUAUGCCAAUUCCCAUCAAAAUCUGCGUGUCGCAUUUCGAGCACUUGUCGGUUUGAACGUUUGAUUUGCUUCCUACAAUUUUCACAAAAUAUGAAUUACUUGCAUUUCCCAAAACUCUCACAUUUUUCACAUUACCUAUGCCCGCUGCAGUUGAAACGCAGCCUUUCCAUAGCUUAUUUACCGAUGUCAACUUUGCUUUGUAGUCUGGUUUAGUCAUCAAUUCUCUGUUUUUCAGAUGAAUUUGACAUUGAGAUGCUGAGGAAGGAGCAGGAGGCGAUCCGGGCUUUCACCGAGUCCGUCGAGAUGGACUUUCCUCCAGUGCCGGAGCUGCCUCCGAGCCUCGACAUUGACUGCUAUGAGCAUUCGUAUGGAGGGAGGAUGAAGGAGAGUAGCACGAUUGAAACGAUUAUUGAGGUGGGUUUUUUUACUAAAACUGCAAUGUCCCAAAUGCUUUGAUUUUUUCAAAUUUUAAUCCAGCUCGUGAAACCAUUUCGCCGACUACUUCGGUACUCAAUAUUUACUUUCCUCGUUUUUGUUUUCUUAUAUAGUCAAAAUUCCUCCUUCUGUUGUAGGUCGGUAAACUGAGGGAUGAUGAAAAAGUGGACCCUCGUUUGGGUGAGACCCAAAAGUAUCAGAUGACGGUGGCCGGUCCCGAAUUCGUGGAUACGGAGAUCGAAAUGCACAAAAGCCUGCUCAAAGAGGGCGAUGACGAACUGGACAGCGAGGUCAUGAAUAUUCAAAGGUAUCAUAUUUGAUUCCAAAUUCAAUCAAAGUCCAACGCACCAAAAACCCAAAAAGUUUUCGCAAAAAGAUGAAAAACAUAUCAUUAUGACGUAUAUUUUUCAAAAUAUUCUUUCAGCACCUCCUCCGCCGAGCCUCGCUCUCGUCCUUCGUCGAUGAAUACGGAUGAGAAGUCCGAGGUCCGGGAGGCUUAUGCUCAAGCGGCGUUGCAACGGCCCAGAGCCACAACUCCGACGUCAUGGAACGUGCUCGACGAGUACGUGAAGAAACAAGAGGAAGGUCAGCCGAAACGACGACGGCUCCGAGAUCAACCCCCUCCGGAUGCCGGUGCACGAAUUCGAGUUUCCAUACCGAAUUAUAAAACUUCAGGUGAGGCAAACUUCAUUAUGAUGACUUUACAAGACGGGUCGAAGUGCCUUGUACCAAUCUUUUGGAUAGCCAAAACGCAUUAAAAAAUUGCAACUAAUACUCUUUAUCCGCUUUUGCCAGUCUCUUUGCGUGUUUACGGAUAUCUUUUGAUACCAAAUUUGAAUCCUUUUAUUUAAAAUAUUUAUUUUUGUUUAACCUUGAAAUUUGAUACGCAGAUGCCCCUUUGCGUUCGAUUUACAGUGCUAAAUAUUUAUUUAUCUUCAGGUGCCCGAGAGCGCCGGAAUUCAAUGUCUUGGUCGGAUUUCUACGAGUCCAUGGAACAGCCCAAGAUCCGGUCGAGAUCGUCCAGUCGUCAAGGAAGUGUGGACUUUGACUUUGAACAGGAAUGGACCCGACAAAACUCCGUAUCAGCCCGACAACGGCAUGAUAGUUGGGUCGAGCCAAAUGACAGGCGAUUAGGCAAUGGUAAGCGGGAUUUUUAUCGGUUAUUUUUAUAAUUGUGGGAGCGAUGACUUUAGAAAUGUCCUUUGUGCCUCUUCAACGAUAUUUUUACUUCCUAACAUCAUCAUGUUUACAUUCCUUUUACCUAUCUCUUGAGUAUUUCAUCAUUCGCCUUCCAACCCACCCAAAAUCGGAAAUUUUCUCCCGUUUUCGGCCAAAUUUUGUACCCACUCCCCCAAUGGAACCCGCGGCAAAAGUGGCGCAGUAAACUUCUUCGAGGCGGGAGUAACGCCAACAACCGAGCGGGCCCCGUCGAGAAGAAAAGUAUUGGAAAAACGGCGCCGUUUUUUCGCUGCCCGGAGGCUUUCGACGCCGUUUUGCGGACGAAAAAGACGGAGGGCGUCUUAUAAUAGUGCCACGGCUACGACAGGCGAAAAACAUUUCCAAUAUAUGUAUAUGUAUGUACACGUCCUGUUUUGUCUUCUUUUUUUGCAUGGGCGAGGUUUUGCGGGGAAUGGGGGGAGGACUGGGGGUUUCCUGACUUUUUGAAGGAUUUGCAAUGCCAUUUUGCUGACAGGUUUUCGGCCUUCUUUGGAGCGUUGUUUUUUUUGGUUCCGAGGAGGGUGUGAUUCGGGAAGAAUUGAGAGUUAUAGACUUGAGAUUUUGGGAAGAUCAUUAUAAUGAUUUCUAAAUUAUUUAUUGGGUUUUGGGCGCUGCAAAUCGACCUUUCGUCUGCGCUUGGAUUGCUUUGACUUCCUUGGAGACGGGAUGUAAAAAUGAGCGGGAUGAAGUGGAUUUUGACAUUUUUUUGGCUUGCAUUUUUAAACUUCUGGCACACCAGUCGCCUUUAUAUUUGAUUAGAAAUACUCCUCAAGACAUUAGCCUUUCUUCCAAAACAAAAUACACUUCUUCACGGGACAACCCGUUAUUUUUCGAAAACCUCCCUGUUAUUACAUUACAAGCUCUGACGAAUUUUCUGUACUACUACAAAUUGCAUGAAAAUAGGCCAUUCGUCAUGGUUAAGGGCAACUUUGGUUCAAACCGAAAUAAUUUUGAGCGAGGUGUACACAAGUAAAGUGUUCAUGUCCACCCAUAAUUGAUAGGUCCAUUAUUUUUAACGAGGGUGUGAAGGUAUGAAAAAUUUUGGUUGUUAUUGACGGGAACGGUUCUCGAGGGUUGGCUAGGGCCUGCAGGUUUUUGGAUAGCGAUUAGUGGUUGUAGAGAGGUCUUCUUGUAGCCAGAUCGAUUGCGGUAUCGUAGCGAGUGUAAAACGUCCUACGGGUUUGUAAUGAAAUAUAAAAAUUGGAUCUGAAAAAGUCUUUGAUUUGCUAUCAGUCUGUCGGAAAAUUAACGGCGGAUCGUCGCAUCAAAAUGUCUCGCCUCGCCGCUAUCGCGCUCCAAAUCCCAAGCCGCGGCUUGCAGUCGCAGAGCGAUGAUGGGCGAUUCCGAGGCGCGACGAUCCGCCGUUAUUUUCCCGACAGACCGAUAAAUAAGUAAAGCAACAUCCGACUUUUCUAUGCUUUUCAAUUUGUUAUGCACACUAAAUGUCUCAUUUCUCAUGGUGAUGUCUGUCUGGUGAUGACAAAGUGUAUCAGUCGAUCAUAAUGAUCAAAAUAUUGCCUCAAAAUAGUUAGCUAGCGCAUCCUUACCAAAGAUGCUUUGAUUGAGUGUGCCAACUAAGGGCUGAGUAUGUCCACGAAGAUUGAGUGGAUCAAUUAUUUAUUUUUACGGUCGGAAAAGACUGUAAACGAUUUUUUUAGGAUGGGCCAGCGAAGCAUGGGUUUGGCUAGUCAAAAGGCGAGAAAAUCAUUUUAUUUCCCCCAAAUUGUUCUUUUCCUCAACAAUCGUUGCGUUCCCACUCAAACUCACACCUAAUUCCACAUCGUUCUUCACAAAUCCUCAUCUGUAAUAUAUCCUUCAAUAUUCCCCCACAUUUCCUUCACAAAUAGCCCUCUAAUUUCUUCAAUACUUGGGAAGAAAAAAAACUUCUCUCCAAUUUCCGUUAUUUCUUUAUUUUUUCCGAUCCCACCCCUCUUAAAGCCCUGCGGCCAAGGAGCGCGCGCCAACCCCGACUACUUCGUAAAGACGUUCGGAAUGGCCGCCGCGCUUUUCGAGACUUUUUCCCAAAGAUUUCCUGCUGGUGUAAGUGACAUAUUAUAGUAGGUUGACGUCAAUAACCGCUGAAUGCGGCCGAUGGCGGCCGUUCUUUGGUCCUUGGGAUUGAUGCAUUUGUUGAGAGAAACCUUGUAUGGAGUUUUCGUGCAAACGCUUGAAAAUUCAUAGCUCUUGCUGAGAAUGACAAAUGGACGGGGAUUUAUUGGAGUUGAAUGGGGGUGGGCUUCUGGAUUUUGGAAUUGGUUUUUUGGCAGGGAGGCUUGAAUUUACGUUAACAAAAGAAGUGCUUCAAGUACGACUAUUGUAGAAAACUUUUUUUUGCAAUGACAUCUCUUUCACAGUAAAAUUUUAUAUACAUAUUAGGUUGAUGCAAAAGGAAUUGCGGAUUUUUUAAUUUAUUCGUAUUUUUUUAUAGGAUAGCUCAAUUCAAAAAUGGAAAAAGGUAUAUAGUAGUAAAUUUUAAGAGGAUUUUUUCUGUAUAUGUGCUAUUCUUAUAAAAGUUAUCAAACGUUACCAUAAGUUACCACGAAAGUACCCUAAACAUGUUAGUAUAUUUUAAACCAAUUUUUUUACAUAUUGCUUUGCGGCUUUAUCCAUUUUUGAAAAUAUUUUGAUAAAAUACGUUAUAUUCUAUCAAAAAACAAAAAAAACCCCCAUUUUUGGCAAAGCGUUAAAACGCUAUCCCAAAAAUUCAAAUUUCAGCAAAUUUUACAAAUCGUGUCAUAUCUUUUUUUAAAAAGUCCAAAAUAAAAAAUUCUUUUUGCUUUCGAUUAGUAACAACAUUUUUAAGGCUUUCGUGAAAAAAAGACAUCAAAAUCUUGAAUUUUAUUUUUUGGUCAAAAAAUGUCAAAAAAAUAAAUUUUUUUGAUUUUGAUGUUUUUUGUCACAAAAAUCUUAAAAAUGUUGUUACUAAUCGAAAGCAAAAAGAAUUUUUUAUUUUGGACUUAUUUAAAAAAAUAUGACACGAUUUGUAAAAUUUGCUGAAAUUUGAAUUUUUGGGAUAGCGUUUUAACGCUUUGCCAAAAAUGGGGGUUUUUUUGUUUUUUGAUAGAAUAUAACGUAUUUUAUCAAAAUAUUUUCAAAAAUGGAUAAAGCCGCAAAGCAAUAUGUAAAAAAAUUGGUUUAAAAUAUACUAACAUGUUUAGGGUACUUUCGUGGUAACUUAUGGUAACGUUUGAUAACUUUUAUAAGAAUAGCACAUAUACAGAAAAAAUCCUCUUAAAAUUUACUACUAUAUACCUUUUUCCAUUUUUGAAUUGAGCUAUCCUAUAAAAAAAUACGAAUAAAUUAAAAAAUCCGCAAUUCCUUUUGCAUCAACCUAAUACCUUGCGGGUUGAACAAGGUCGAGAUUUUUUUAUCCCAACAUUGUCAUGCUUUUCGCAAUUUAUAAAAAUCGAGAAUUUUGUCAACAUUUACACCUCAAGAAGUGAGCACGUCUUUAAACGGUCUUUUGAAAGUGUCAAAGUUUUCUUUUUCACGUUUUGUCAACUUCUAGCAGCCUAUACUUAAUCCAUACCUCUAGACAACAGUUAUUAUAGACGUCCCGGUCCAUCAAAUGGCUCUAAUUAAAUUUUGUUUUAUCCGAAUUUAAUCAGACUUGCACGUAAAUUUGAUGAUGUUCCAUAUUCGUUAAGUUAAAUUGCAUUGGCAGCUAAUUAAUCUAAUUUUCAAAUCUAAUUAUCUGCGGCUUAAAUUAGCUCUAAUUGCGGAUAAAUGCGGGGCGUUUUUGUCAAUGGGGAUUACAAUUUCACCUAUAAAUACUUUUGAGAUCUUCGAUUUUGGCGUUUUUUAUUACCUUUGCUUUGCUUGCGUUUUAUUUUUAAUUUUUAAUAAAUUUUGAUAUUUCGAUAUGUUUCCCUAUGCAAACAAAUUUUAAUUUCAGCAAUGUCAACAGAACAGCCGUCAGAGCCACAGGCCGAAACCGCUGAGGCUUUUAUGGCCACCGAGCCUUCACCGUUCGAAGAACGACGGGAAUCCGCGACUAAAAAUGUUGAUACAGUAAGCGCUGAGGCUCCUGCAGAUACAACAAAGACUGAAGAAGCUGGGGAAAGUCCUAAGGCCGAAAAAUCAGUUUCCGCAGCUUCUGAAUCGCCCAAAGACCCCGACGAAUCUAAGAAUCAAGGUGGAGCAGUUCCAGUCCGAGCGGCGCCGCCACCGCCGCCUGGAAAGAAAAAACCCGCUGAUCAAGUAGUGCCUGACGCUACACCUGCCUAUAAUACGUCAGCAUACGCCGGCUACGACCAGAAUUACGGUACUAGUUAUGGGAGUGGUAAGAAUGACCAUUUCGUUUUUUAAAUUUUUGACUUUUAGACGCGUACGGGCAGCAAUACGACGCCAACGCGUAUUAUGGCCAAGGAUACGACUACAGCCAAUAUUCCGGAACAUAUGAUGCAAAUGCUGCUGCCACUUACGACCAGAACUCGUAUAAUUACGGUACAGACUACCCCGCGGCAAGUUAUGAUCAAACCGCCGCCGGGUACGAUCAAACUGCAGCGUAUGACCCAAACGCUUACAAUUAUGGUGCAUAUGACAGCUCACAGUACUAUCAAGGCUAUGAUACGACCGGCUAUACUCAACCUGAGGGCUCAUUCACGCCAACGACUUACGGGGCAUAUGAUCCCACUGCAUACAACGCUGGCUACGAUCAAUACGGAACUCAGUCGACAGCUGUUGGGGAAGAACAAACCACAACCGCUCAGGCGGCCGCCAUCAACGCCGGCUACGACCAGUCCGGCGUGGAGUCGGAGCCAGUGGGAGCAGAGCAAACAACAACCGAUGUCGCAAAAGUUUAUGCGGCGGGCUACGAUCAAGAAGGCCUUCGAACGUCGGCGGUCGGAGCUGAUGAUGGCGGGACCACCGAUGACUCGGCUAGUGGGAGUCAACUCGAUCUAACGGACGAUGCGAAGCCCUCGACUAACUAUGAUUAUAGUGGCUAUAACUACCCUGAAUAUGGUCAAGAACAGUCGAAUGUAACGGUCACCACAAGUGUUCAUCCGGAGGGAGAGAAUGGCACAGCGGAGGGAUCAUACGACUAUAGUCAGUAUAAUCAAUACGACGGCUAUGAUACUGCGGCUUACGGCGCCACGGAUGCUUUUGAUACAUCAGCUUAUGGCACCGUGGUUGACCCAGCGGCUUAUAAUGCAGAGACUUAUGAGGCUCCAGCGGAUCCUUCGCAAUAUGGUACAGAGGUCGCGGCUUAUGGAACUGAGACUUCUGCAUAUGGAGGCUACGAUUACAGUGCCUAUGGAAGCGCUGCGGCUUCGACACUACAGCCAUUCAGCCAACCGUUACUGCCUCAAGCCGCUCCCAAAUCCCCGGACCCGUUUUCAUGGGAAGCUCAAGAAAGCACGGGUGGGUUGCCGCCUCCCAGGCCUCCACCAGCAAGAACGCCGGAGCCAGAAAGAGAGGAAUUGUCGGUGGAUGUGGAAAACGGGCAGGAUAAACCAGGUAUGCAUUGAACUUUGGAUUUUUUUAGGUUUAGACUGAUAUUAAUUAAGAAAAAAGAGGUAAAUCUAUGUCAAAAGACUUGAUUUUGCUGGGAAAUGACAAAUAGUUGAGCUUUUUCUGGACCGAAUAAUUUGAAUAUCUGAAGAAAUUCCAUAAUUUGCUGCUAUAACUUUUAUUCACCAACUCCCUAAUCAACUUUUUCAGCUCCUCCCCGACCAACUCCUCCAGCGGCCGGCAAAACCCCUCCUCGGCCUCCGCCACCGCCAGCCAGCCCCGGACAAUCGCAUAAACCGGCUAUGCCACCACCCCCUCGACCGUCCGCAACUCCAUCCCCAAAGACCGAAGAGCCAAAGGUGGAGGAAGAGGAUCCCUGGGCUCGUUUCAAACAAAUGAGUGAAGCAGUCGGAAGCGUGGUAAAGUCGACCGAAAACAAGUUGAAAGACCUGUCGGAGACGACGGCCGCCAACGAAAUAAAAGACGAAACGUAUGUGGGCCAGAUCGGCGGAACCCAGCAAUUCGAACUCACGCUGGCGCAGAAGAAGAUCUUGAAGAUGGAGGAGGAGAAAAAGAAAGCAAAAGCAGACAAGAAAGCGACAAAAGCCGUGGCCAAAAAGAAGCGCGACAAGGUUGGGUUCGAUCCGAAGAAGGAGGAGGAAAUGGAGAGAAAAGCGGCCGAACUCGUUGCGAAAAUGGCCGCCACAAGGGCUGAUCUGCAAGGAUAUAAACCGCCAACGGAUGGGUCGGAGGCGAGCGUAAGGGACGAGCAGCAGCCUGAGCCAGAAGAAGAGGAGGAGAGCGAAGAGGAAGCGGAAUCUCCGGAAGUGGAAAAGCCAGUGGAAGAAACGUAGGUUUGCAUAGAUUGGGAUCUUCAUUCUGUGUUAAAUCGACAAAGAAGAUCGGGAGAAAAUUGAAAUCAAACCAAAUUAGGGCUGAAAAAGUAACGUUAGAAGACAACGAGAAAUUACACCGUUUCAGUUACCUCUUUUUGACCCGACCGAUACCCAUGGCAAUGCCAGUAGCACUUGUUCUAUCAUAACGCUUUGUUUGAGAUACUUUUUGAUACCAAAUCCGAGCUGAAUUUGAUUUUUUUUCAUGGCCUUUUUGGAACUGAUACUAUACAUUACCAAAGGAAAAUUGAAAUCUCUGAAGCCCAUUAGCCCCUAAAUUUAUUUUUUAGAAAGCCCGAAGAGUCUCCUGUAGAAAACGGAAAAGAAGAAGCCCCGCCACCGCCAGAACCUGUCAUCCCUGAAGGUUGGGCCGCCUUCUCCGCCGAUGGCGGAAAAGAAUUUGCCGCAACUCUACCGACCUCCGAAUCCGAUUUUUUCGCCCAAGCCGCCACCACUACAAAAGCGGACGAUGCGUUUGGAGGAGCGGCCGAAACGACGGCCGAUCCGUUUGCGCCGUCUGCAUUUUCGAACAACGUGUUUGACACCGAUCCGUUCGACACUCGACCGAUUGAGGAGAUCAUGGAGGAAGCGAGGAGGAAGGCCGAGGAAAAGGGAAAUGAUCUGGAGCAGAGUGUGGCUGUUGUUGAUGGGAGACUGAGUAGUCGGGCGUCAACACCCACUGAAGGCGCUAGUCCGGUGCCAGAUCGACCGGUUGGGUUUGAGGACGAAUUUAAAGUGGUAAGCAGUGAAAAUCAGCAAAGUUUGAGGGUGCUUUUGUUAUCUUAAAGCUGGGAAGGGUGCUUAAAAAAAGUUUUAUGUGUUUUACUUCUUUCAGGACGCUGCUAUGUACUCGCAUACGCCAACUCCUCUCUACGAUGAGGACGACAGCGCUCCGCUGGAGGAUUUUAUACCCCAAUUCGCGGGCGAGGGCUGGGAAAUGAUGGUCCGACAUCCGUUGAAGAAGAAGAACUUUAUGCAAGAACGUUGCUGGAAGCCUUGUUUUGUCACCAUCGAAGACAAGAUGCUCCGGAUCUUCAGCUCCAGAACCGACCGAACUCCACUGCUUGAGAUCCUCCUUCAAGCCACUUACUCUUUGUCAGACUCAACGCUACAGGCCUACGAUGCGUAUGGAAAGAUUCACACGGUAAAGUUGCAACAUGUCUUGUACAAGGAGCGCGUUGGAAUUCGAGCAGGCCAAAUCUCGAGGCUGGUCGAAGGUCAUAUCACCAAGUAUGGGUUGCCUUUGGAGCAUGCGGCUCAAGUCAAUGUUCUCGCCAAGUUCGCCGCGCUAGAUUCUCAUGUCCUGGAGACGUUCAUCAACACCAUUGAGGACAUUUUAUUCCAUUGUCCCGCAAAACGUGACACCAAUCCGACAUACAAGCAAGAUGAGGUCCAAAUUCAUUGUCACGACGAGUACGGCGCCCAUGUCGACAAACUGGGCAAUGUCAGCAAACAGCGGGCAAGAGUGCGAAUGUUUUGUCUGAGCUUCUUGACGGGAUCGCCGUUCCUGGAGAUCGGGUUGAAUGAUCGGCGAAGAGAGGGGAAAGAGAUUGUGAGGAGAAAGGAUAUCUUGCCAAUGUACACGGAGCGGUGGAUCCGAUUUGAAGGCAUGGAGUUCCAUAGCUCGGUGGAUCAGAAGGAAUGGGAUGAGGAACAAGUGGUCAAAGUGACUCCGCCAGACGCUUGCUUCUUUGAGAUUCUGAGGUGGGUUUUUUGGGAGUGACUAUGUUCGGGGUGCGAUAUAGCAGAUUCUCCGAAACUUUCUCAAGAGUUUGUGAAUCGGUGGACCCUCUAUAUACAUGUUUUCCAAAUUUUCUACUCUAUCUAUUGUACUAGUCAUCCCCCGAAUUCUGUGAGAUGUCAGACCAUUCCCUCAUAAAAACCAUCGCUUGCUGAAAGACAAUGCCUAAUUUCACUUUUUAGAUUCCGAAUCCGCCCUCCCAAGAACCGGGAAAAGCCUCUCUCCGUCAAGAGUGUGAUGAAGAUCGCUGGAAGUAAAAUCGAGAUCAAAAUCGAUGUUAUGGCCGCAGCCCAACAACAACGAGCCCGAGGAACCGUUGAGUCGGCAAGAACGAUUCCUUGCGAAGACAUUCAGAUUCGCUUCCCCAUCCCCGAAGCCUGGAUCUACAUUUUCCGCGAGGAGAGGACGUGGGGUGUUGGCUCCGUCCACUCGAAGAACCGGCGGACCGGCAAGAUGAAGAACCUCAAAGAUCGACUGAUCGGAUCAGUUCAGCAUACCGAACCGACGUUGAUUGAGGUGGCCACAGGUAAGGGGGUGAGAGAUGAAAAGACUGAAGUUUCAUAAGUCGCAUUAGAAUCUGUAAUAGGGUCAAAAAACCAGAUCAAAUCGAACUAAGAUUUGGUAACUUGGUACCAAAAAGCAACGACGAGGCAAAUGGAGACUGUCAUUUUUGCGGAGAGUGUAGCAAGCUAUUUUUUGAUGAUUUAUGUACCUUGUAAAGCUUGAAACCCUAAUUUUAUUAGAAUUCACAUGUCUCUAAUAUCAAUUCCUAAAUUUAACCGUCAUUACCUAGCAUUCCAUUUUUAGGCGAAGCCAAAUACGAGCACGUCUACCGCUCGCUGGUUUGGAGGAUCCCCCGGCUGCCCGAAAAGCAUCAUCAGGCCUACAAACAGCAUCUUCUCAAGUGUCGCUUCGACCUCAGCUCGUUCGAUCUAAUGCCCGAGGAGUUCCAACCCACCUGCGAUGUGGAGUUCACGAUGCCGCUGGCCACGAUCAGUAACACUGUGGUCAGGUCGGUGAGUGUGGAACAACACGAGGACAGUGACAGGGUCGAGAAGUUUGUGCGAUAUGUCGCGAAAUGCCAUUAUGACGUGAGUUGAAGUUUUUUUGAGCUUUAUUUUGAACUUUAGAUGGAAAUUGAUUACGUGCAGUGCAAUACGUUGGAUGAUGAUACAGAUGUUCCAUUGGGAUAUCAAGCCAAGGAACAUGAGCCGAUGUUCAAACCGGAUGAGAUUAAGAAUCAACAUGAAGGGUAGGGCAUUUAUUGGCUGAUUUUGGCUUCCUUUUUAUAUUGGAUGCAAUUUACUGCAUCCAGGAUGCAAGUGUAUUCAUUUUUUGCCACUUUUUUGUUGCCUAUUCCUAAAUCCUUCUGAUUUCAGCUACAAGGUCGAGUACACGGAAGAGCAACUCGCCCAAAUGCGACGAGAUGAGGAGGAGCGUCGUCUCAAUCAACCCGAACCGCCAAUAACUCAAGAGUCUGGCGCCACAUUCAACCCAUUCGAAGCCUCCGCCCCCACCAAUGACUUUGAAUCCUAUGCGGUCCAAGGUGGUGGCGGGACCAAUGGGAAUGGUCCUCCACGGCAGGAUUCGAGCAGUGACGAAGAAGAUACUGGGAAAUUCCCGACUAUCAAAAUUGACAUGCAAGGAUAUGGAUACGGUUAUUAA